GUCUUUCUCUCUCGACUCGAUCAAAAAAUCUAAUCUUUGCGUCACCGUUUGUGUUUUCCCUUCUCUCUCUAGGGUUCUUCUUCUUCUACAGCUUUCGAGUAAACAUGAGUCGUCAUCCUGAAGUGAAGUGGGCUGAGACUACCGAGAAGAUUUUUCUCACUGUAGUAUUGGCAGAUACUAAGGAUACCAAGGUUAAUCUAGACCCAGAAGGAGUGUUUGAUUUCUCUGCGAAAGUUGGUCCAGAAAACCACGUUUAUGAGCUCAAACUCGAACUUCACGAUAAAGUCAAUGUUGAGGAAAGCAAAAUCAACAUUGGUGAAAGAAGCAUAUUCUGCAUAAUAGAGAAAGCAGAGCCAGAAAGGUGGAAUAAGCUACUUCGUGUGAAGAAGCCUCCACACUAUGUCAAGGUGGAUUGGGACAAGUGGGUUGAUGAGGACGAUGAAGGCAGUGCUGGUGCCGCAGAUAUGGAUAUGGGAGGAAUGGAAGGAAUGGGCGGAAUGGGCGGAAUGGGCGGAAUGGGAGGAAUGGGAGGAAUGGGAGGAAUGGGUGGAAUGGGAGGAAUGGGAGGAAUGGGAGGAAUGGAAGGAAUGGAUUUCUCGAAAUUAAUGGGUGGAAUGGGCGGACUCGAAGGGCUCGGUGGAAUGGGAGGCAUGGGUGGUAUGGGAGGAAUGGGAGGAAUGGGAGGCAUGGAAGAGUUUGAAGACAGUGAUGAUGAAGAAGAAACAGCAAAAUCAGGAGACAAGAAGGAUGAUGCCGUUAAGGAGGAAGCUCCUGCGACAGAGAAGGCACCAGCAGCAGAAGAAACAACAUCUGUCAAGGAAGACAAGUGAAGACACUGUUCUAGAGAUGGAACCAUAUGGUAUUAUUAGCUUUCAGGUUUAUGAAACCCUCUGAAUUACUUGCUUUCUUUAUAAGAAUGUUGUUGUUACUCUGUUUUCUUCCUAUGGAUUGGUUAUCGGUUUAAGUUUCUUUUACCUUUUUUUUAUGGGUUAUAUGGUUUCCAAAUGUUCUUGGACUUACAAUGUUUGA